AUGACUGAUACAGUUAAAGAGCUAAAAGAAACUAUAAAAGAGACAAUGGAGUCUAAGACUGCAACUAUGUGUACUCUUUUGGGAGAUCGCCCAGAUAUGAAUGUUGUUCAGCGAAUGAUUUGGGAUGAUGAUGACGAUGAAGUUUGGCAGACAACCACAUAUGCAGUUGAUAUUAUAUGUAGCUAUUACUUGUCUUAUAUUCAUAAAGAACCUUGUAUGGAUUCAUUCCAUACAGGACUUCAUUCAGGAGAAACUGUCAGUAGGAACUUUCAUGAAGUAUUAAAAGCAAUGCUGUGCUUGUCAAUUGAUAUAAUAAAACCGGAUGCACUUAAUGCUCAGAAUAUUCUCCCUGAGAUACUGAAUGAUGACAGAUAUAUGCCUCAUUUCAAGGACUGCAUUGGAGCAAUUGAUGGAACUCAUGUGUCUGCUUGUGUUCAAGAAGAAAAUUUGAUUCGAUUUAUUGGUAGAAAAGGGGUGCCUACCCAGAAUAUUAUGGCUGCUUGUAGCUUUGAUAUGCAAUUUACAUUCGUAAUGGCAGGAUGGGAAGGUACAGCUCAUGAUGGACGCCUUUUCCAGUAUGCUAUCAAUAAACAAAAUUUAAACUUCCCCAAACCACUACCAGGAAAAUAUUAUGUAGUGGAUGCUGGAUAUCAACAGAUUGAAGGAUAUCUUGCACCUUAUAAAGGUACUAGAUAUCAUUUACCUGAUUUUCAACGUGGUGUAAGACCAAGGGGACUCAAAGAAAUUUUUAAUUGUUGGCAUUCAUCUCUAAGAUGUUGCAUUGAACGAACUUUUGGAGUUUGGAAGGCAAGAUGGAAGAUAUUACGAACAAUACCUCCUUAUUCAUUUUAUGUACAAAGAGAUAUGGUAGUUGUGUCCAUGGCAUUACAUAAUUACAUUCGAAGAAAAGCGUUGGCUGAUCCAGCAUUUGAGCGAUUAGAUAAAAGUCUAAAUUUUAUACCACCAGACAUAUUUCGUGAUGCAGAUGACAUUCAAGCGGAAAAAAGUAGUCAAGAAAGUGGAGCACUUCAAAUGAAUGCAUUACGUGAUCAAAUUGCUUGUAGUUUAAUGUUGGCAAACAAUGAUUAUUAA